AUGACUAAAACUCAACAACCAGCUGUUUUCUACAUUAACGCUGCCUUAUUUGACUGUGACGGUACUUUAGUUAACUCCACCGGUGCCAUUUCUGAAUUCUGGAGAGAUUUCGGUAAAACCAGACCACACGUUGAUCCUGAAGAAAUUAUUAGAACCUCCCAUGGUUGUCGUACCUACGAUGUUAUCGCCAAAUGGUCUCCAGCAGAUGCUGAUGUCGAACAAGUUACUGCUUGGGAAGGUGCCAUUCCAGAUACUUUUGGUGAAUACGCCAAACCAAUUCCGGGUGCUGUUGAAUUGGUUAAAUCUUUUGAUAAAUUCUCCAAAGAACAAACCGAAAACGGUCAACAAAGAUGGGCUGUUGUCACUUCUGGUACUUUACCAUUAGCCACCAAAUGGUUGAAAUUGUUAACCAUUGAAAAACCAGAUUGUUUCAUCACUGCCGAAAAGGUCACUAAAGGUAAACCACAUCCACAAGGUUACCAAGCCGCUAGAGAUACUUUGGGUUACCACGAUGCUCACUACAAAGUUGCUGUUUUCGAAGAUGCUCCAGCUGGUAUCACUGCUGGUAAAGGUGCUGGCGCCAUUGUCAUUGGUAUCUGUUCUACUUAUGAACCAGAAAAGGUUAGAAAAUCUGGUGCCAACAUUGUCGUCAAGGACUUGUCAAGCUUCAAGAUUGAAUCUUACAACAAAGAAACUGAUGAAUUCAAAGUUGUUGUUGGUGAAUACUUUUACGCUGAUGACGAAUUCUUGCAAUCAUCUGCUUAA